AUGGCGCGGUGCCGCGACGGGCUGCCGCUCCCCGAUACCCUCGAGAGCACCAUUCACAAGGACAUCGCCGUCGUGAAGGCACACUCUCGGGAGCUCCUGGGAGAUCUGCAGGAAUCGAGGCCGAGGCAGAGAGACAUCUUCACGCGACUGAGGCUGCAGAAAAGUCCUAUAUCCGCGGGAGCUGCCCACCGUGCCUACCCGCCCACCUCGUACCCGCCCCGCCCACUCAGUCACCAUGCCGCCGUGGACCUUGGCUUUCGUGCUGCUGCUGACGUUCGCUGUCGGUCUGGGUCUCGUGGUGUCGGGGCUCCCGUCGCCAAGGAGCAUGUCCAAGCGCCUGAGCAGAGGAAGGUACAGCGAGCGGAAACUAAGCGAGCGCUGGAAAAAAGGCAGAUAGCAGAGGCUCAGCUGGGAGGGGAGCAGCUGGAAGACUAUCAUCCGGAAGGGGAGCAGCUGGAAGACUAUCAUCCGGAAGGGGAGCAGCUGGAAGACUAUCAUCCGGAAGAGGAGCAGCUGGAAGACUAUCAUCCGGAAGAGGAGCAGCUGGAAGACUAUCAUCCGGAAGAGGAGCAGCUGGAAGACUAUCAUCCGGAAGAGGAGCAGCUUGGAGAAGAACAUACAGGAUACGUCGACGCUUUUCGAGGCAGGGAGACAGACCCAACGUACUUCCCAGGCGAGGGUGAAGUUCUCUCCAAUGAUACGAACGCUUACGAAGACACACUCGACUGUGAAUACGAAGACGAAGACGAGUAUUCGGAUGAGGGAGGACACGUUGUGGAGAGGAACGUUUCUGAGGAUGCAGAGAGCGAGACGGAAGGAGAAGCACCAUAUAGUGUGAAGGGGACGCAGGGUGAGGUGGGCGACUCAGGUGCCAGGGUGCAUUUCAUCUGCCACAAUGACACUUGGAUGCUUAUGGAGGGUGACACGGUCAUCCAGCCUCACUGCGUCAGUGAAGUGAUGACAUGUCCUCACGUGUUAGAACUGGAGCAUGGAGUUCUCAACGUUACAAGCGAGGACCAGGUGAACAUAGUGUGUGACCCCGGAUUCAGGGCGAUGGGGACGCAGGGUGAUUUGGGCGACUCAGGUGCCAGGGUGCAGAUCGUUUGCCACAAUGACACUUGGGUGCUUAUGGAGGGUGAUGCGGUCAUCCCGCCUCGCUGCGUCAGGGAAGACAGCGAUUGUCUUCCGACUCCAGAUGUCAGCAAUGGCACCAUUAUGUUAGUUAACGAGACCCACGGGACCCUCGUCUGCAACGAAGGACACACCACCACCUCGGGCGCCCUCAGCACGGACGCCGUCUGUGUCGACGGUGUGUGGAUAUUCCCCUAUGACGACGGCGGUUGCGUGGAAGAGGAAGAAGAAGGGGAAGGGGAGGAGGAUGAAAGCAAAAUCCCUGGUGAAUGGAACAGGACAGAGGGCCCCUGUUUCGACGCCCCUGUGCCGGCUCCGAUCAACGGUGAAGUUAUCUUGGGAGACGGCGACUUAGAAGGCUGGUGCGGCGAGGGCUACAUCUUCCCCUCGGGUGUUAACAUGAGUGUUUACGAGUGUCAAGACGACGCCUGGACCCUCCCACCCGCUGACAUGUCCGGCUGCACCGUGCCCGUGUGCCGCCGCGCGUGCCAGAACGGUGGCACUUGCGUCCGGCCGAAUGAGUGCCAGUGCCUUCUCGGUUUCGAGGGAGAGGCGUGUGAGACGGAGCAGGCACCUGUUGGGCCUCCUGCAGGCACUUUCAACUCAACUGACAUCAUGAGUAAUACGGACGAAAUGGGUAUAACGGAGGGCGUGAACUUCACUGAAGUCCUCAAGACCGAGAGAGGGACGCCCACGCCUUCAUGGGAGAAGCUCUGCGCCGCCAGACGACCCACCGCCCCACCCAACGCUGUGCUGGAGACGAGGAACGGCACAGUCGUGGCCAAGUGCAAGGAGCAGUUGUUCUUCCCGUCGGGUGCGAGCGAGGCCGACAUGGGCUGCGUGAAGGGCGAAUGGCAGGCGGUCGAGGCGGACUCCGGAGGGCGGGGAGCGGGCUGCACGUCGCCAUGGCAAUGCCGGAAGCCCUGCCUCAACCGCGGCGCCUGCCAGCCGAACGGAACCUGCUCCUGCCGGGAGGACUUCGAGGGAGAGCGGUGUGAGACACGAGAGUGCGCCUACCCGCUCCUCCUAGUGUACAACGCCGCGCUUCUGCUCAGGCCCAAGCUAGCCACCGUGAAGUGCCGCCGUGGCUUCGCCUUCCGUUCGGGUGAGACUGAGCUCAACAUCACGUGUUCGAGAGGCGCCUGGAAGCUCCCCGACGUGUUCAGGGACGAGAAGGGUCGGCAGAUCAAGUCCCUGUCGUGCGAGCCCAAGUGUGUGCCCCCCUGUCAGAACGGCGGCCGCUGCGUGACCUUUGACCUCUGUCGGUGUCCCGAGGGGUUUGUCGGUCCGCGCUGUGAGGUGGUCAAGUGUCGACAGCCGCCGCCACUGGUCAGAAAUGCCGUCAUGAGCUAUGACCCCGUCGUGAGCAGGGCUGUGUGCCUUGAGGGCUACACCCUCGGCGGCGAGACAGAGCUUAACAUCACGUGCGAGAAAGGCCGAUGGAAGCCCCACCUCGCCAACAGCAGCGUGCACCAAGAGGAGUUGGCGUGCGUCCCCGUGUGUCACGAAAAGUGCCAAAACGGGGGGGAGUGCAUUGGCCCCGACACCUGUGCCUGCCCCAAGUCCUUCGACGGCCCUCUUUGCAGCAGGCCCAGGGAAAGCGUGUGUGAUAAUCCUCCGCCCUCCAUCAGAAACGCUGUUAUGAACUACAGCAAAAUCGUAGGGGAGGCAGAGUGCUUCCACGGAUACGCUUUGCCUACGGGUGAAACUUCGGUCAGCUUCGUCUGCACCUUAGGAAAGUGGUUCUUCAGUGGCCCCAGGGGUAGCAUGGAGGUGACCAGUUCUUCCAAAGCCCCGGAGUGCCAGCCUGUGUGCGCGGGAGGGUGCCAGAAUGGAGGGAAGUGCCAGAGUCCCAAUUUGUGCGUCUGUCGGAACGGCUUUACGGGGCCGCUGUGCGAGGAUUUCUUCGUCGACACCUGCACUGACCUCCCGCAACCUGUGCCCAACGCCAUAGCGCAGUUCAGCCCGCAGAGUGUGGUGUUGGCGUGUCAGGCUGGCUACGCUUUGCCAUCCGGAGAGACCCAGAUUGAGUUCUUCUGCCGCGAGGGGGCGUGGGUCGCGCAGGACGAGUGUCUGCAGAGCGAGGAUGCCCUUGCGAGCCUGGCAUGCGUGCCCAAGUGCUCCCCUUCUUGCCUCAACGGCGGGGAAUGCGUGUCCAUCAAUCAGUGCCACUGCCACGAGCCGUAUAUGGGCCCUCAUUGUGAGACCCUCCGCGCCGGCCUGUGCUGGCAAGAGCCCCCGGAAGUGGCCAACGCUAUCGUUGCGUACAACUUGAGCGUGGCCGUGAUCGCGUGCCAACCGGGGUGGCGGCUGGGCAACAACGCCUCAGCCGCCCUGCUUUCAUGCGUGGGCGGAGUUUGGGCGGCGAGACUGGACGAGGACUGGCCCUCCUGCCAUCCUGAGUGCACCCUCCCCUGUGCCAACGGAGGAGUCUGCGUUUCCCCCGACGUCUGUCUCUGCCCUGAAGGCUUCACCGGAGACUUCUGCGAAAAGAUCAUCUGCGAACCUCCCCCGCCAGUGCUGUUCGCUUUCGCGCACUACAGCUCUGAAGGAGAUACCUACAUCGCAUGCUACCCUGGCUACGUCUUGUGCUCCGGCCUCGGCAUGAUGAGAAUCGAGUGUAAUAAUUCCAUUUGGCUGACGAUGGAGGAUCACCCUAGGAGGGCCUCCGAGCUCACCUGCUACCCCUACUGCCGCGCCUUCUGCGAGAACGGCGGCUCCUGUGUGGCGCCGGGGGAGUGCCAGUGCCAGGAAGGCUUUGCGGGAGAGAGGUGCCAGACCCGCAAGUGUCGUGGAUUGCCCGACGUCGGCGGUGAAGUGGACAUCAGCCUGACCAAAGACUCCCUCUCGGCCGUGGCUGCGUGCCCCGACCACUACCGCCUUGACACGGGCAGCACCUCCAUGAAUUUCAAAUGCGUCGACGGGGAGUGGCGCCCUUCAGACAUCCUCAUGCAGGCGGGGAAGGGCAUGAUCUGCAGACCUGAGUGCCCUAAAGGAUGUUUCAAUGGGGGAGAGUGUGUGGCGCCGAGUACCUGUCGUUGUCCAGAAGGAUUUACCGGCACCAACUGCGGCAAACGCUAUACCCUGACGGUGAAAGGAGUCCCAUGCCGCUUCCCCUUCCUGUACAAAGGACUGUGGCACCACAGCUGCACGGGAGAGGACAGGACGAGGCCCUGGUGCGCCACCGAGGUCGACCCCAGCGGAAGCAUAGUCAGCACUGGUACCUGCGUGGCCGAUCUAGGUGAAAAGAAAGUCAUAAAGACGGAGCGAGGACAGCUGUGCAGUUUCCCCUUCACCCACGGCAAUCAGAAGCGCUGGAGCUGCAUCAGCACACCCAAAAGACCUCGGUUCUGGUGCGCUGUCAAGGCAGACGCGAAAGGACACUUCACCCAGUGGGACUUCUGCCAACCCGACUAUGGAGUGGAGGCUGUGGCAUUCACUCAGGAAGGCCUCGAAUGCCAGCUGCCUUUCAGUGUUUCUGGGAGGGACUUCUACGGAUGCGUCGAAGGAGGGGGACGCCACCCAGGGAACCUUUGGUGCGCCACGAGCGUCUCCACGGAUGGUAUUAUCUUCGCUUCCUCCGUGUGCAUGUUACAUUUAGGCUACAAACGAGCAAUAGCGACAAAGAAUGGACACCUGUGCCAAUUUCCCUUCGUGUGGAAAGAACAGUUGUAUUACAGGUGUGUCCCUUCCAAUGAUGGUAAUUGGUGCGCUGUUGCCACGUCUGCAGAGGGCCGAGUGCUGGAAAGGGACACUUGCAUUGAGAACUUGACAACACCCGUUCCCUCACGUCUUUCGCGAAAGACCCACCACUCCCCUCUUGCAGACGAGGAAGACGCCAUCUUGCCUGUCAUGACGAAGCGGGGCAUCCCCUGCGUGUUCCCUUUUCGCCACAACGACCGCCUCUACCACUCCUGCGUGCCCGGGAAGGAAGGGCACGACGGGGCAUGGUGUGCUACCUCCGUCGACGCCAGCGGCGGGGUUCUGGCCAGGGAAUCGUGCCCGGAGAAUUGGGCCCACGGCGGCCCUAGAAAUGGACCCAGCACGAGCGAGGUCAGGACCCUCUCCGAAGUGCCGUGUAUCUUCCCCUUCACUCUCGACGGCCAAGUCUACUUCGGCUGCGUCACGAGGCACUCUGGCGAGGUUGUGUGUGGCACGGAGGUCGACGAGAGGAACCAGGCUGUGACUCUCGGAAUUUGCCCGGAAGACUGGGAUCAAGACAAUGGCAGGACAAUCCUUUCUGAAGACGAGACGGAACACGAAUCCCCCGAGAAGAGGGACAUGAAUGUGAUUUCUUCGGAGUUGCGAACGCUGCUAAGGAGCAACAUGCACGGGACAUUCAGCGUCCGUCCCGAGGCGGUUUUGACGGACGCUCUAAGAACGGUGGACGGGAGGGCAUGCGUGUUUCCGUUCGUGUGGCGCGGGCAGAAGCACUGGUCUUGCACAAACGCUGAGUCGAGGAAGGAAUGGUGUGCCACCGAGGUCGACCAUCUUGGUACACCCACAGCCAUUGGUCACUGUCAGUCAGAGACAGAGUCGGCCCCAGUCGCCGCACGGGACAUUCUCGACGAUGGAGACAGCGCGGGGUCGGUGUCGCGCGGCGAACCCAGACCUCAGACACCGGACGAGCUGAUGUGCACCCUGCCUUUCCUGCACUCUGGGGCCUGGCAUCAUGAGUGCAUCGUCCUGGCGCCCGACACCCCGCCCGUGUGUGCUGCCAAGGUGGCUCAUGAUGGCACUGUCCUGGCGUGGGAAACUUGUCCGCCCGGUAUAUAUCGAGUGUUGCACAAGCCGGUAGCCUUCAAAGCAAGUUUUUUGGAUCAAGUACCACAUAGCGCCAGGAUCGUAACAACCGCAGAGGGCCAGCGUUGCAAGUUCCCCUUCACGUACAAGGGGCAACAGUACUCAGGGUGUAUAGACAGGGACUUCUCGCGUCCUUGGUGCGUGACGGUGGGGUCAUCUGAAGGCAAAGACUGGGGGGUUUGCCACGCCGUUUUCAUCGUACCAAAGCAUCUUCCAGAAAUCCUCCCAACAUAACAGUCGAUGGAUGCGUAGGAAUCCUGGCGUGUGACGUCAUCGCUCGUGACACCAUUGCCGUGACGUCAUUGUUUGUUACGUCAUUAAUCUGAUAUUAUCAUGCUACAAACAUUAUUUAUUUGUGAUAUAUAUAAAUAUUAUUUUUAACUUUCCUUUAACUGAUUUAGUUUACAUGUGAUUACGCAUUUAAUACAUUUAGAGAGCUGUGUUCACAGUGUUUAGAUGUGAAGAUAGAGAUUUAACAUAAGGUACGUGUAAUGUGCCACAUUAUUCAUUUUCGAAUUCGUUGCACAUUUAAAUAGCAUCUUGUAAUUCAGCAGUUGCAAUUCGCAACAAAGGGUUGAAACUGAAAAAAUCCUUUGAAUAACUGUGUGCAUAGAUAGUAUUUUAGGAAUAUAUAUUGAUAGCUGUUUUCUACAUUUGAAUGACAAAGGAUAAAACAUAGCCCAUGGAUAUAGCUGUAAAAAAAACUUCUAAGCAAUGAGAAUAUAAAUGAUUUUGUUUAAAUAUGUAUGGUUUAGUGUUAUAAUUUCCUAUUUCAUGUUAAAUAAACCUGAUUAUUAAA